AUGAACCCCUCCCCCCCCCAGCUCAAACCGAAUACAAUCCUGAUCCUGAUUCCUGACAAAGUUUGUAAAGGUCGUCCUCCAUCUACCACCAUCCCUGAUCAACUGGCCCACCAAAAGCCAACCGCUACCCAUUCUCAAGAUUGGAUCACACUCAUCAAACAUGGCGACAGUGUAUUCGUCGAUAAGGUCCGAUAUCCUCAAAACUCAGGUGCCCCAGCUGUCGUCGUCUGUGACUGGCAACAAUCACCAACGAUAUCAUUCUCCCAACCAUCCUCUCCUCAACUCACGAUCUACGUUCCAGCAGAUACCAGCAAUCUCACCAUCCCAAGCGUCUUCGUAGCUAGCGAAGAGAUAGCUAUCUCAGUCUAA